AUGACAACAAACUCAGAACCAACAAAACCUACACUCACAGUUCUAAUCGAUAAUUAUGAUUCAUUUACAUGGAACAUCUAUCAAUACAUUUCAGAACUUGGUGCCGAAGUUCAAGUUUUCAGAAAUGAUCAGAUUACCGUCGAACAGAUCAAAGCGCUUAAUCCAAAAAAUAUAAUAAUCUCUCCUGGUCCGGGUGCUCCGUCAUCCAAUGUAGGAAUUUCUCGGGAUGCUAUUUUAGCCUUUGCCGGAAAUAUUCCAAUAUUAGGUGUUUGUCUUGGUGAACAAUGUAUUUUUGAAGUAUUCGGUGGUAAGGUCGAUUACGCUGGUGAAAUUGUUCAUGGGAAAACCUCAACUAUAAAGCAUGAUGGUAAAGGAAUUUAUAUAGGCGUACCGAAUGAAAUUACUGCGACUCGUUAUCAUUCUUUAGCUGCUAAACCUUCAACCGUCCCUGAAGAAUUGGAAAUUACAAGUUGGAGUGAAACAAAUGUUAUAAUGGGUGUAAGACAUCGUGAAUUCACAAUUGAAGGUGUUCAAUUUCAUCCUGAAAGUAUUCUUAGUGACCAUGGCAAAACAAUACUUGGCAAUUUCUUGAAGCUUCAAAAUGGAAAGUGGGAUGACAAUCCUGAAUUUGGUGUAAAAGCACCAUUAUCUAAAACUUUUGUACAAACAAAAUCUAUUCCAUCAAUUUUGGAGAAAAUACGUAAUCAACGACUAGAAGAUAUCAAAAUAGCUAAAAAACAACCGGGUUCUUCACCUCAUGAUUACAUGAAAUUAUUAUCUCUCCAUGUCGCACCUCCAUUAAUUGAUUUUGUCUCUAGAAUUAAACAAACAUUGCCUAAAUAUCCUGCCAUAUUUGCUGAGGUUAAGCGUGCAUCACCCAGUAAAGGAAAUAUUGAUCUAUCAGUUAAUGCUGCAGAACAAGCCUUAACAUAUGCAAGAGCUGGUGCUUCUGUGAUUUCAGUAUUAACAGAAACUAAAUGGUUUAAGGGUACUUUGAAUGAUAUGCGACAGGUUCGUGAUAUAUUGGCGACUAUUCCAAAUCGUCCAGCCAUUUUACGUAAAGAUUUCAUCGUGGAUACUUAUCAGAUUAUGGAAGCACGACUUUUUGGUGCUGAUACCGUGUUGUUGAUAGUAGCUUUAUUGUCAGACGAACAACUUACAAAAUUAUAUAAAUUUUCUAAACAUCUUGGUAUGGAACCUUUAGUAGAAGUUAAUAAUAAAGAAGAAAUGGAAAGAGCUGUGAAAUUAGGGGCAAAAGUAAUUGGAGUCAACAACCGAAAUCUUCACACUUUUGAUGUGGAUAUGAAUACGACCACCAUGUUAGCGGACAUGGUACCUGAAGGUGUUAUUUUGGCCGCAUUAAGUGGAAUAACUAAGCGGGAAGAUGUGGUGGCGUAUGUUGAACAGGGUGUUAAAGCAUUAUUGAUCGGAGAAGCAUUGAUGAAGGCAAUUAAUAAGAGAGCAUUUAUUCAUGAACUUUUAGCAUUAGAAGAAUCACCAAAACCAACUGUUAAAGUUAAGGCGCCUCCAAGUCCAUUGGUUAAGAUAUGUGGUGUGUCAACACUUGAAGCGGCAAUGUGUGCAGCUGACGCAGGGGCAGAUUUUAUUGGUCUCAUAUUUGCGAAUUCUAAAAGACAAGUUCAAAUUGAUCAAGCUUUAGAAAUAGUAGCGGUAAUUCGCGAGCUUCAAUCAGAAAAGGGACAAGAGAAAGUUGAGAUAAUUGAACAAUCUCAAGAGGAUAUUAUCAAAUUAUCAGGAAAAAAUAAUUGGUUUAAAUUGCAGGCAUCGAGAGUAAUUCAUAAUACACGUAAACCAUUAUUAGUAGGAGUAUUUCAAAAUCAAUCAUUAGAAUAUAUUACAACUGUUGUAGAUUAUUUAAAAUUGGACUUAGUUCAAUUACAUGGUGAUGAAUCGUUAGAUCUGGCAAAAUUUAUACCAGUGCCAGUUAUUAAAGCGUUUCAUAUCGACGAUGAAUUCAAAAAUCCUACACUUGUAACUCAACCUGGUUAUAAUGCUUUAUGUUUAUUAGAUACGAAAGUUCCAUUGGUUUCUAACGGCAUAGAAGAAAAUAAGGUAGAAAAAAAUAAAGGAGAAGCAGAGGAAAGUAAGAAGCAUAAGCAUCAGGGAGGAGCAGGUAAAGCAUUUGAUUGGAGUAUAGCAUUAAAAAUUAAAGAAAGUGUAUCGAAAAAACGGGUUGGUGGAAAAAAUGGGUUUCCACUAAUUUUGGCAGGAGGACUGACGCCAUCGAACGUAAUUGAAGCUAUUGAAAAAGUUAAACCGUGGGCUGUUGAUGUUUCUAACAAAAAGGAUGUAAAAAAUGGUGAAAGUGUUAAGCAGAAAAACGAUUGUGAAGGAUCCGUAGGGAUCCCAAAGGCUUUAUAA